GCAGAGGCUGGGGACAUGGCUGCGCUGGCUCGGAGCGUCCUGGUGACAGGGUCCAGCCGGGGCAUUGGACUGGAGCUUGUGCGGCAGCUGGCCGCCAGCCCCUGGCCCCCCCAGCACAUCUUUGCCACCUGCCGCGACCCCAAAGGUCCAAGAGGGAAGGCCCUGCAAGAAUUAGCUGCCCAGCACUCCAGCAUCAAACUGGUCCAGCUAGACACAGUGAGUUUGCCCAGCAUCCAAGGGGCCGUGCAGGCUGUGGGGUAUCAUCUGAAGGACCAGGGCUUGAACCUGCUCAUCAACAAUGCAGGCAUCAGCUCCCACGCCACACUGCGCUCUCUGGACUUGCAGGAGAUGCUUGAUGUGUUUGCCACCAAUGUAGUUGGGCCACUCCAGGUUGUCAAGGAAUUUCUGCCGCUCCUGGAGCAGGCUGCAAAGGGCACAGGAAAGGAGAGUCUGAGCUGCAGCAGGGCCGCUGUCAUCAACAUCUCCACCAAACUGGGCUCCAUCGGGCUGUGCCUCAGGGUGCCAGAGGCCCCCAUGUACCCAUACCGGGCCAGCAAGGCUGCCCAAAACAUGGUGACAAGGUGCUUGGCUGCAGAACUCCAGGACAAGGGGAUCUUGUGCGUGGCCAUCCAUCCUGGCUGGGUGAAGACUGACAUGGGCACAGAGGAGGCGCCACUGACAGUGGAGCACAGCGUGAGGGGCAUCCUGACUGUGCUGGGCAGCCUCUCACAGGACACCUCUGGAGCCUUCCUCGACUGGGAAGGGAACAGCCUGCCCUGGUGA